AGCCCAUGGGUGAGGUAGUUAGCUAGAGAAAGGACGAAGGAGAGAGAGUUUGGGGUAGCAAACGCAACGCAACGCAACGGUGAAAGAGUUGAAUUGAUUCAUUUUCAUAUUCCACAACCAUGGCGGUCCCAUCCUCUUCUCUCACAAACAACAACAUUCAUUCUUAUAUAUAAACACAACGAACGAUACGAGGGAAAAUCUCAUCGCAUCUCUCAUUGUAUUUGCCUUUGCACAUCAUCAACCACACUCAAUCUCUUGCUUCAUUCCCAAACCUCUUAUUCCCCUCAAGUAUCUACAAAGCUAACCUUUUUUCCUUUUUUAUCAUCACUUCCAAGAGUUGAAAGAUAAAAGCCUUGGCUUUCUUAGCUUCAACCAAAUGCGAUCCCCUUCUUAAUUUCUGUAGGAAGGAUAUUUACUUGGCCUAGAGGUUGGUUUAGAUACACAGAAUCUAGAAUUCCUUGGAGUGUGGUAGUGAAUUGUGGUAUUUAAAGAUGGGGGAUCACUUUGAGUUGCUGGUUGAUCGAUUGCUUACUGAGUCCACAUUAGAAGCUGCACUUGAAAGCAGAAAUAGGUCAAUACUGGCUGCAUCCUCUGCGGGGAAUGAUGCAAAAAUUGAUCUCAAUUUGAUGAAGAUGGGUGUGGAUGAUAUCAAAUUUCCAGGGAAGGUGGUAGAAUGCAGGAUAUGUCAUGAUGAUGAUGAAGAUUCCAAUAUGGAGACACCCUGCUCUUGUUGUGGUAGUUUGAAGUACGCCCACCGCAGAUGUAUACAACGAUGGUGUAAUGAGAAGGGUGACACCACAUGUGAGAUAUGCCACCAGCAAUUCAAGCCUGGCUAUACUGCUCCUCCACCACUAUUUCAGUUUGGACGUAUUCCAAUGAGUUUUAGGGGAAAUUGGGAGAUUUCAAGAAGAGACUUGAAUAGUACUCAUUUGGUUAGCAUGGUCCCCACUGAUCAGAACCUUACCACUUCUAACUAUGAUCAGUAUUCAGCCUCUGCUACUGGAAGUUUGAUUUGCUGUCGUUCAAUUGCUGUCAUUUUCAUGGUUCUUCUGAUUUUAAGACAUACACUUCCCCUUGUAAUCAGUGGAAACAAGGAGUAUUCUUUCCCACUCUUUUUGCUUUUGUUAUUUCGGACUGCGGGAGUUGUUCUUCCUAUAUACUUCAUGGUUAGAGCAGUUGCAUUAAUCCAGCGGCAUCGGAGACAAAAUCGAGAGCAUCUUAGUGCCUCGGCCAGUUCAUCUGACGAUGAAAGUGAGCAAGCAGAUUUGCAGUCUCAGCCUCAGCCUCAUGUCAUACAUGUACUGUAAAAAUAUCGUAGCCAGUAGCCACCUGAAGUAAAUGAAUUAUGAAAAGCUCUUGCCUUGAGAUGCUGCACUUUGUCUUCUGAUUUUUUAUGUAAAUUAGAUGGGGACAACUUCCCCGAGAACCUCGAGUUUGCUAAGGGAUGGGGACACUGAAAUCCAGAUGUGCAACAGUUGUUGUAGCUCUCAUAAGAGGCAUUGCAUGCCACUUGUGUUACCAAGUCCCUUUGCUAUAACCUACUCUUCGGGAAGUCUUGGCAGCAGCAAGUUAUACAUUUACAUUUCUGUUUCUGCUUACUGAUUGGAAUUGUUCAGAUGUAUAGAUAGAAAUUUAUAUUUAAAUAGAGAAAAUUACAAGGGUAGAUAUGAAAAAUGGAUGACUUGUAUAUAUUGCAAUGAAAGUUAGGUAGGGUACUUUUGGGGCAUUAAUUUCACUAUAGGAUGCUAGCUAGCUUCUUCUGUCUUCUUUUGAGUUUCAUAUUACUUGUAUGGCCAGGUCAUUAAUUAAUGAAAAGCCAUAGAAAGUGACAUUGUAUAUGCAGUAAUAUUCACUUGGCAUCCUUGUCAGUCACUA